AUGGCUGUCCUUGCUCUGUCCAUGCACUCCUUCGCACUUCACCCCUCUUCCCGAGGCACCAGCUUCGUGGGCCUGAUUGUCCAGGGCCAAUGCGACAGCCUCCAGCUAGUCAACAGAAUGUUCUCUGCCUCUACUAGCACUGCCAGUGCCUCUGGCACCCGUAAUCUCCAUGCCGUCUCCUUGCCUCUCUUCAUUCGCAUAGGAGAGAUUUCGCCUUCUAUCUCCAUGUCCAUCUACGCCUCCAACCUUCUGAGCACACCAAAUCUUGCACCAACUUGUGCAUAUUCCAGGGGGGCGAGGGUGGGACAGGAACUCCAUGCCCGAGCUGCACCCUCGGAUGUUGGUCUUUUUCGCCCACUGGCUCAGACACAUUCCAACAUGGGCAGCCACUCAGCCCCAUUUCGUAUGCCUCCUGUUGUCAGCUGUCCGACCGCCCGUCAUCGGUUCCUGGAAGAGAUUCCCAAUCGUGUCAUCUUCAGGUUAUCUCGACUGGACUCGUCAGGUUCGGUUGUUUGUCAGCACUCUUCUGAUAUCCGCCGACCGAGUAGCCGCCUUCAAUUCCACGAGCCGCACAAAUGA